GGCGAGAACAGCAGGGGAUUCAGCGCGGCUUAGGUACCAGCCUAAGGCCCAAGAAAAUAUCAUCACCAUGUUGAUGGACGCUGGAGGUUCAUAUUAAGAAUUGUUCAACUGUGGAAAUAUAGUACGUGGGUAAGGAAUCUUGGCAAUUCAGAUACUGAUUUACAAUAAUCUUGAGGAGCAGCACAGGAGGUAAAUGUUCAAGGUUGGCAACCCCUCUUCUUCCCCCACUGCAUCCUAAUCCCACAAUGAGAUGAGUACAGUUGUAGCACUGAUGCGCGUUUCCUUGUCCUCCUUGACCAGGAGCGCUUGGGCUGAAACAUCUGACCGUCUGUCUUUUAGUCCUGUGGACACUGGAAGGAUCAAUCGCAAACCAGGAGAUGCGACAUAUCCUUCCUGCCAAAGCCACUCUCCUAAGGUUUGUAGGGCAGCAAUAACGGGAUCGUCAUAUUCUGCCCGUACUUGCAGACGCGCCAAGACCCUGAAACUCGUUGGCUUGUCAGGCUGAUGUGAGCAAAGCACGCUCAAAAACGAACUUCCAGUAGCGCCCCUCGGAGACGUAUCAUGGGAGUUGGUGGCGGCGUCUAGACCGCUGAGAGGCUGUCCAAAGGUGUGG